AUGAUAGACAAAGCCACCACGGAGAGACAUGCUCGUCUCUUGCGAGAGAUGGUCAGAUCACCCGACAACAAGGCAUGUGCUGAUUGUAGGAAGAAUGACGCUCGUUGGGCAUCUUGGAAUCUAGGAGUCUUCUUGUGUAUCCGCUGUUCUGGAAUACAUCGAUCCAUGGGCACUCACAUCAGCAAAGUAAAAAGUAUAGACUUGGAUAUCUGGACUCCGGAGCAGAUGGAGCAUAUUCAGAAAUGGGGAAAUCGUCGUGCAAACUUGUAUUGGGAAAGACACCUCAAAGCGGGUCAUGUACCUCCGGAACAGUACGUUAUGCCUCGUCCCAGCCCCAUGUCUUCUACCACGGGUGAGCCAUCAAAGAACUAA